CCCGGCACCAUGAGCUUCGGUUCCGAGCACUACCUGUGCGCCUCCUCCUACCGCAAGGUGUUCGGCGAUGGCGCGCGUCUCUCCGGGCGCCUCUCGGCGGCCGGCGGCGCGGGCAGCUUUCGCUCGCACUCGCUGUCUCGCUGCUCCACGGCUUCCGCGGCCGCCUGCGCCCCGAGCUCCUCGCUCGGCCUGGGCCUGGCCUACCGGAGCCGCGCGGCGGCGGCCGACGGGCUGGACCUGAGCCAGGCGGCGGCGCGCACCAACGAGUACAAGAUCAUCCGCACCAACGAGAAGGAGCAGCUGCAGGGCCUCAACGACCGCUUCGCGGUGUUCAUCGAGAAGGUGCACCAGCUGGAGACGCAGAACCGCGCGCUCGAGGCCGAGCUGGCCGCCCUGCGGCAGCGCCACGCCGAGCCGUCGCGCGUGGGCGAGCUCUUCCAGCGCGAGCUCCGCGACCUGCGCGCGCAGCUGGAGGAGGCGAGCUCGGCGCGCGCGCAGGCCCUGCUGGAGCGCGACGGCCUGGCCGAGGAGGUGCAGCGGCUGCGGGCGCGCUGCGAGGAGGAGAGCCGCGGGCGCGAGGGGGCCGAGCGCGCCCUCAAGGCGCAGCAGCGCGACGUGGACGGCGCCACGCUGGCCCGUCUGGACCUGGAGAAGAAGGUGGAGUCGCUGUUGGACGAGCUCGCCUUCGUGCGCCAGGUGCAUGACGAGGAGGUGGCCGAGCUGCUGGCCACCCUGCAGGCCUCGUCGCAGGCCGCGGCCGAGGUCGACGUGGCGGUGGCCAAGCCGGACCUGAGCUCGGCGCUGAGGGAGAUCCGCGCACAGUACGAGUCCUUGGCCGCCAAGAACCUGCAGUCUGCGGAGGAGUGGUACAAGUCCAAGUUCGCCAACCUGAAUGAGCAGGCGGCGCGCAGCACCGAGGCCAUCCGUGCCAGCCGCGAGGAGAUCCACGAGUACCGGCGCCAGCUGCAGGCGCGCACCAUCGAGAUCGAGGGCCUGCGCGGAGCCAAUGAGUCCCUGGAGAGGCAGAUCCUGGAGCUGGAGGAGCGGCACAGCGCGGAGGUGGCCGGUUACCAGGACAGCAUCGGGCAGCUGGAGAGUGACCUGAGGGGCACCAAGAGUGAGAUGGCGCGCCACCUCCGCGAGUACCAGGACUUGCUGAAUGUCAAAAUGGCCCUUGACAUCGAGAUAGCAGCUUACAGGAAACUGCUGGAAGGGGAGGAGACACGGUUCAGCGCCGCCGGUGGAUUAAGCCUUUCAGGGCUGAACCCGCUUCCCACCUCGAGCUACCUGCUCCCUCCCAGAGCCCCCAGCUCUGCAGCCUCCAAAGUGGUGGCCUCCACGGGGCUGUCACUUAAGAAGGAGGAGGAGGAAGAGGAGGAGGAGGAGGAGGAGGAGGAGGAGGCCUCUAAGGGCACCUCUAAGAAAACCUCCCAGACAGGAGAAAGUUUCCGAGAAAUAUUGGAGGAGACAGUGAUAUCUACUAAGAAAAUCGAGAAGUCAAAUAUAGAAGAAAACACCAUUUCAAGCCAAAAGAUAUAAUUCUUUGCUUAAAAAAGUUAAUGCUUAAGAGGGAAUAAUAUGCAUUUGACUUGUUAAACAGCCUAUUCCUGAACCGUAACACCUGUCACCACUAUAUAACGUCUUCAAGGCCUCAGUCUCAUAGCUAGCUAGCGUCGAAUAGUUUCUCUGAUAGGAAAGCCAGCCCUGGAUUGGAGUAAGCUUCGGUCCGGUCCGGGAGCCAGCACGGAGGAGUCACCGCAGAACCCUGCUUCCUCGCCCCGGGCCACCCAGGCAGAGAAGGUUCAGCGAGGAAGGCCCACCCCAGGUGCCAGGUCUGUGACUCCUCAGCUGCCCA